ACCGUUUCGUUUACGGUGUAGCGAGUUAAGUUGCAGACAGUUUAUUUAUUUUUUUUGUUACAUUGGACAUAAUUUGACUCAAAUUCUUAGUUUGAUGUAAAUGUCACUCUUAUGCAUUAUUGAAAUUAGUUAUUGAGUAAGAAUUAGGAGUUCAUAAUGAAUUAUGAGAAGUUUGGUGGUGGGGAUGAAGAGGAGGUUGAUGGUUUCAAAAGACAAAACUCCGCAGAGAUAGCCCCAUCUGAGGUUGUGUCAGCAUCAGCAAAGGGUAGUAUUGAUGAUGUGCAAUUAAAGAUAGAUGAAAAACCUGGAGCUUCAAAUCUAACAAUAUAUGACAUCGAAAAAAAUUCAGACUUGCAGUAUGUUGAAGACCCUGGAAGCCGAGAAAAUCCAACAACUGUAAUUCAGUUCCUUCAGCAAAAGGUUCAGAUAGUGGUUGAGCACUUGAUAUUCCGUAUUAUUACAGUUCUUCUCAUUUUAUUGGACUUUACACUGGUCACCAUAGACUUGGCUAAAUUAGCCUGUGAUGCUAACAGUAUAUUGGAGAUCGUAUCCCAUGUUAUCAUUUCUUAUUUUGUGCUAGAAAUAUUUCUUCGGAUUUUCUACAUGCAGCGACGUUUUUUCUACAACUGGAUAGACGUGGUAGAUAUGAUUGUUGUGUUUGCAUCAUUUGUAUUGGACAUGGUCUUCAUCUUCAUAUCUAACAGCAGUCAAUGUACAGCUGCUGAGGGCUCCGACUAUGCUAAGUUGAUGGUGAUAGGUCGUGUGUUUAGGAUCAUCAGAAUUAUCAGGAUCGUUUACUUCAUGUUUAAAGAGAGGCGCCAUGUAUCCACGGCAACCAGGAGAGUUGUCUCUCAGAACAAGAGACGUUAUCAGAGGGAUGGGUUUGACCUUGACCUUUGUUACAUCACAGAGAGGGUUAUAGCUAUGUCAUUCCCAUCAAAAGGACUUAUGGCAGUGUAUAGAAAUCCUGUACAUGAAGUGGCAAGGUUUUUCAACACUAAGCACCCUGAUCAUUAUAGAAUUUACAACCUAUGUAGUGAGAGAGAUUAUGAUGAAACUUUGUUCAAUAAUCAAGUAGAGAGAAUAUUUAUUGAUGACCACAAUGUACCUUAUGUCAGAGAUAUGAUAUGGUUUUGUAAAAAUGCAAGAGAAUUUAUGGAAGCAGAUAAACGUAAUGUGAUAGCUAUACAUUGUAAGGGUGGGAAGGGACGUACUGGUACAAUGAUUUGUGUAUGGCUCAUUGAAUGUGGAAUCUUUGAAGAUGCUAAGGAGUCACUUGAUUAUUUUGGAGACAGAAGGACUGACCUUAGUGUGGGAAAUAAGUUCCAGGGUGUAGAGACACCAAGUCAGAGUCGCUUUGUUGGCUACUUUGAGAAAGUAAAGAAGGUUUAUAAAGGAGAACUUCCGCCAAGAACAGAGUUGAAAAUUACUUCUUUCAAGAUAGAGAGUAUUGCAGGUGUAGGAAAUGGUGAUGGUACUGAUCUAAGUAUAGAGCUUAGAGUUAAUGGUCUUCCGAUAUUUGAAGCUAAUGCUGCCCGAGGUAUAAAUUGUGAGUUGCAACAUGACAGGGAGAAAGAUAGUUUAACAAUUACCUUGAAGAACUCUGUUACAUUAGCUGAUGAUGUUAAAGUGAGAUUCAUCUCUUCUAGUAAUAAGUUUCCAAAGAUAUAUGAUCACUGUGCAUUCUAUUUCUGGUUCCAUACAUCAUUUAUAGAGGAUUACAAAUUGAGGUUACCAAGAGAAGAAAUUGACAAUCCCCACAAGGUAGCAGGACAUAAAGUGUUCAGGGAGACAUUUGCUAUAGAAGUGAACUUUGAAUCAGCAGAUUCCUACGCCUGAUAUGAAAAAAUCAUAUUCUAAAACCAAGAAAUGAACUAUUGUAAAAUUGCACUGUGUGUUUUAUUGUACUGUCUGUUGUCUUUUUGCUAAUGGAAACAUAGGAGUAUAUCAUGUAUAUACGACAAACUGUAUUAAUAUUAAGAAUAAAGUCAUGCUAUGUAUAUGUUUUUUUU